CUCGAAUAGCUCUGCCCUGCUUUUGCCGCGCCCAGUCCGGUCUGACGGUGAUUGAGACCCGAUGUGACAGUUGGCGCUAUACUCGUACCUCGAACUGUCGGCGCUGACAUCCGCCCGAACGCCAGUUCUUGUUCCUGUCGGAAUCCCGAGUACUGAUGCCUUCCACCGAACUUAAUGAGCCGCUGGUGGCUCCUGUAGACGGUUGGGAGUCCGAGGAGGCUCGACUCCAAGUACCCCAUGCGGAGCGUGGUGCCCGUCGCGGAACUACCUUACGAGAUCCGCAAGGCCGUCUCAUCUACCCCAACUACGUCCCUCCCGGCGUCGAAACACCCGGUCCAUCGCCUUUGUGCCAGAAUCUUUCCUUCGUAAGCGCCCUCGAGCAACCACUAUCCCCUGGCCCUACUACCCCUAUCGAUGCCCAUCGGAAGUCUAGCUCACUGCCCGUUUUCAACCAACGCCCGAGGCUAGGGCAGUCCUCUACCUGCAAUCCUGCCCGCAACGAGCGUCAACCUUCCGCCUUCCUUAACUUCCCUACGUUCAAGCGCGCUGGCACGGAUAUUUUUACUCGAAAAGGAAUUGUUCCGGAGGAUACGCGCGAUUCUAUCAGCGACGAUGGCACAUCCGAUUCACCUUCGUCGUCGGAGACAGAAAAUCCAGACACCCGCACCGAUAGGCCUAAGGGAAGGUCGCGAGGAUGGCCCAAACCGGAUCCCUCUGGUGACAAAUAUCGCCGUUUCCAGGCGGCGAAUGACCUUUACACCACCAAAGGCAAGGUUUCUAAGAGGGACGGCCGGUUAAAUAUCACGUUGAGUAGUACGAGAGAUUACGGAUACCUUGCCAAGGCGUUUGGCGCUGCUGUCAAGAAGGUCGUCCGUAGGAAAAGCCAUGACGCAAGCCAACGGCCGGCCGCCUCUCCGUCUUCUCCGGCCGCCGCCAUAACACCAGGUGCGGGAAGGAGACCGCCUAGGCUGAACAUAGUCAUCAUGGUAAUCGGCUCGCGUGGCGAUGCUCAACCAUUUUUGCGGCUCGGCUCGGUUCUCAAAGAAUAUGGUCACCGCGUGAGAAUUGCCACGCACCCUGCUUUCCGCGAAUUUGUCGAAAACGACUCGAAGCUGGAGUUCUUCUCCGUCGGAGGGGACCCGUCGGAGCUGAUGGCGUUUAUGGUCAAGAACCCUGGAAUGAUCCCCACGAUAGGGGCAGUGAAGGCUGGCGACAUUGGGAGGAGGCGGGCCGCCAUGGCUGAGAUGUUCGAGGGGUUCUGGCGAGCUUGUAUCAACGCAACCGACAAUGAGAAAGACACACAAAAUUUGAAAAUGAUGGGCCAGAAGGACCCAUUCGUUGCAGAUGCCAUCAUUGCCAACCCGCCUAGUUUCGCACAUAUCCAUUGCGCCGAAGCCCUGGGCAUUCCUCUACAUCUCAUGUUCACAUUCCCCUACACGCCAACACAAGCGUUCCCCCACCCUUUAGCGAGUAUCAAGAAGUCGAAUGUGGACCCUGGUUAUACCAACCUACUAUCUUAUCCCCUCGUCGAGACCAUGAUUUGGCAGGGUCUCGGAGACCUCGUGAACGAAUUUCGGGUGAAGACGUUAGGGCUUGACCCGGUUUCAACCCUCUGGGCGCCGGGGGCGACGUAUCGCUUACACGUGCCAUUCACGUAUCUAUGGAGUCCGGGUCUCGUACCCAAGCCUGACGACUGGGGACCAGAGAUCGACGUGUCGGGCUUCGUCUUCCUCGAUCUUGCGUCUUCCUAUGAGCCGCCGGAGAGUCUCGUGAAGUUUUUGGACGCCGGCGAAGCACCGAUUUACGUCGGUUUUGGGUCCGUUGUGGUCGAUGACGCCGAUCAAUUUACCGACAUGGUUUUCCGAGCGGUGGAGCAGGCGGGCGUCCGUGCCUUGGUGUCUAAAGGUUGGGGCGGCCUAGGUCAGGAAAACAUCCCCGAAGACAUCUACCUACUCGAUAACGUUCCGCACGAUUGGCUGUUCCCCAGGGUCCGGGCCUGUGUUAUCCACGGGGGUGCUGGGACUACUGCUAUUGCGUUGAAAUGCGGCAAGCCGAUCAUGAUCGUGCCCUUCUUUGGUGACCAGUUUUUCUGGGGCCCUAGGGUCAGCGAUGCAGGUGCAGGGCCGGUACCCGUACCAUACAAGAAACUAAGUGUCGAAGCACUCGCAGACGGUAUCAGAUUUUGCACGACAAGCGAAGCGGUAGCGGCCGCACAGAAUAUCGCCAGAAGCAUCGAGCUUGAAGGCGACGGCGCCAAAAACGCGGUCGAUGCAUUCCAUCGCAACCUGCCGCUUUCCGGAAAGACAUCCAUGCGAUGUUCGAUCCUAGAUGGCCGUGUAGCGGUUUGGAGGGUCAAGGGAACUGUUCUGAAGCUGAGUGCCGUGGCAGCUGAUAUUGCCGUGAGUCAGGGCCUGGUGCCCUGGCGAAAGUUGCGCUUAAUCCGACAUAAGGAAUGGAAUGAUUUCGAAGGGCCAGGUGAGCCCAUCACAGGGGUUGCCGGCUCCCUGAUGAAGAGCAUUGGCGGGUUGGUCAGGGGGAUUGGCAAUGUCCCAUAUCGGUUAGCAAAGACGUCUUACGAUAGGGCCAAGCUCAAGAAGAAGAAGAAGGCGAAAAAGAGUCGCCGAAGAAACGACGCGGUAGUUGAACCGUCCAGUGGAUUUCCCUUUCCAGAGGGAGGGGAUGGAAAUACUGGUCCCACCGUUGGUCUCGCCGAAGAUGCCCGGAAGCCGACGGCAACGACACCUGGGUCGGUACCCCUCGAACCUGCGCCAGAAGAAUACUUCAAUGAUAUACGGGAAGGGGUAGGCGAUAUAAGCCGAUCCUUAGUCCAUGUGCCGGCCGACUUCUUCCUCGCUCUAGCUCGCGGAUUCCAUAAUGCCCCUCGCCUCUACGGCGAUGACACCGUUAGACGUCCGAUUCGCAUUACCGGAAUACGGUCAGGGCUUAAGGCCGCAGGCUACGAAUUUUUCUACGGGAUAUAUGACGGAUUCACCGGGAUUGUGCGACUUCCGGUUCGUGGCGCUAAAAACGAAGGUGUCAGGGGCGCGUUCCUGGGUGUCGGCAUGGGGCUUACCGGGUUUGUGCUGAAAGACGUAGCGGCAGUGGUCGGCCCUAUAGGCUACGUUCUCCAAGGAAUCGUCAAGCAGGUCGAAGGCAAAGACCAGCCCAUGAAGUACCUCCGCCGUGCGCAUAUUGUCCAGGCGCAGCGCGAGCUCCGCGCGCUCAGCGAAGCCGAACGCAAGACCACGGUGGAUACAGUUCUGAAGGGAUGGCAUAUCAUGAACGGGUUGGCGGAAGCGAUCACGCAGCAGGAAGGGAAACGACGUCUCAUACCGCGAAUUGGCGGCGAUGGAAGCGGGAAGAAUAAGAGUGCCCAUAUAUUGAGAAGACACGGCCACGAUCCCAUCUUUGAGAACGUCCGAGGGGCAGAGAAGGCCCUCGAUGCUGUAAAUAGGGGUGAGGAUAUAGGAGCUGUGCUCGCUAAGCACAGGGGGACGUAGAUACGACGAGAGGACAACGAAGGAGCGAGCUAAUUUUUUUUAAAAGUCGGGAUCGCGAUGGCCCGGAGUAGUUUCCGGGUGACUCGAAAACCCUGCAUUAGACAGGCGGAGGGGGGUUCUGCAACAACAGGAAUUCAUUACGCCCAGCCUAGCAUCCAGACCUAUCCAUUUUGCCCACAAAUAUAGGGAGUGU